AUGCUCCUCUUCGGAGGACAUGGCACCGAUCCGAGAAGGCUGCAGUGCUGGGCAAAGUCCCCGCGCAAACGAAAAUUGGGCUGCCAACCGAGGCCCAGAGUCCGGCCCACGCCUGGCGCCCGGCAUUGUUCUUGUGGCGCGACAUGGCAUACCUGCACCCUGGCCUUUUGUCUUUUGUGUUUUCCACGGGGGCCGUGCUGCUGCCGAGGAUUUGAGAACAAUGAUACGUGGAGCUUCGACCUGCAGGCUGGUGGGACUUUAGGAACCGAUGAGAAAAGGAUGUCAAUCCUGGCACAUCCCAUGACUGUUGAAGGGUGCCAAAAUCACGGUGAGCAAGCCUACAUGGCGCAAUGGGCUUUCUUGAAGACUUGGGUGAUUCAUGUGCCCACAGCAUUCCGGGCUAAGUCCCUCACCAAGACCCUUUUGAAUUUAGCAACACCCAAAGACCUCUAA